UCCCGCGCCCGGAUCAGCCGGCCGAUCGACGACUAGCGCGCGCCAUUACCAAUCGAGGGGAAAAGGGAAGCAACACGAACCCUAGAGUCGACAUAUCAUGUCGCCGCUUCGAAUCUUCGGCGCUCUCCUCAUUAGGAAGAUCUCUUCCCGCCGGAUAUGUGGCCAGUGCAGAGACACUUUGCUGGCGGUGUGAGGGGAUUUUGCUUCUCUAGCAGGUUGCCCAUGUAUGAGAAGUCGCAUGUCAUUGUUGCAGCGGGUUUCUUAUCUCUCACUCUCGGAGGAGGAAUUUGGUAUUUGAAAGAGGAUGCACGGGAGCGAGUAGCUCGCAAGAAGAUGUUUGUUAUGACUGAGGAGGAAGCCCAAAAGGAAGACGCCAUGAAGAAGAGGUUUGAGGAGUGGAUGAUUGAGUUCAAACCUACUUACAAGGACAAGAAGGAGGCAGAGAGACGCUAUGAGAUAUUCAAGCAAAAUUCUCAGCGACACGAUGAGUUUUUGGCGAGCAUUGGUAAAGAUUUCCCUGCCAGACUAAACUGCUUCGGUGACAGACACAAGGAUGAGUUCGCCAGAGAUGGUUAUCAGACUCAUCCCUGCAACAGUCUACGCCGGCAUCUUCCAGGUGUCUUCUACAAGUGCCAUGACUAGAAAGUUUUCCCAGCAGUAGUAGUCUGCAUGUUCCAGCGCAUGGACAAGAUGCAUUAUCUAGGGCCUACACUAUGGCAUCCAUGAUGGUAAUGAUUAAUCUAAGUUAAUUAAAUUCCCUCAAUAGUGUUUAUGCAAGUGUGCCAUGGCAAGGACUGUGACGUCGUUGUAUGAUAUACUAAUCGUUAUGGUCUCAGGUGUGUUAACUUGAAAUCUUUAGAAAUGUUGGGUGCACUUGUACAUAUA